AUGGACGACGAACGGCUACCCCAAACGACUCUUCUACGGAGAUGUCGCUACGGCUUGCCGCCGACAAGGAGGCCAAGUCUGUCGCAGCAAGGACACUCCGAAAACUCGCAAAUCUCAGCUGCCGCCGUCUCUCAACGCCAACAAUUAACCACUGCUGAUCUGCCCACGAUGCUAACGGACGUUCGGGGCACCGAAUGGUCUCAUUGGACACCUGCAUACCAAUUGCCGCCCCCGGACGGCACAGCCCGAUGUCCCUCCAUUCACCCCUACCCCGCCAUCCAAGCUGACAGCCAGCACUGA